AUGAAGCCUGAUCUCGUCGAGCCAGAGAUAUUGGAGCCUGCAUCUGGGGGGCAAGUACUUGGACCAAGCCACCAGACCAUCUCGGACGAGAUCUCCAGCAUCAAGUCUCUGGGUGGUAAGCUUUUGGGCGAGCUCAGCGUGCAGGGCCUCCAGAACGCCGCUUGGCCGGCUGGGUCGUGA